UCCAGGUGUGCGUCAUAACUGGACCCCUCCUGCCACUUUGAAACCACUUCCUGAACCACACCUGCCUCUCCCGAGUGAAGGACUUUUGCCAUGUCUCUCAACAAUCGUCUCGUUGUAAGAUACGAUGAAUUCUCCUCAGAGGCGUGGCUUCGACGCUCUACCCAAUGAGCUCCUCUACGACAUCCUGCAAUCAUUUACUACCAAGAAUGUCCUGACCUUUGCUCCGGUAUCACGUAGAUUUCAUUCCAUCUGUGUCAGAAUACUUCAAAAUCGCUUGACAGCCGCGGCCACCUUGCUCGACCAUGUUCUGGUUCUUGAACUAUACCCACCAAGCGCCAGACUGACAGCGGGCCAACUAUUCUGUACAUCGCUAGGCACUUCAGGAUUGGACGAAAAAUCUAUCGAGGGUCUCCCCGACUCCGCAAAGAUUGGUCAUCUGGGUCAAGCUGUAUAUUCUAGAUUUAGACCCCAACAUCAAGAGCUACGAAGGCCCUCUUUGAAACACCCUGCGGGAGACAUUCCAGGCUCGAGGACCCAUCCGAGUUCUGCCGAUCCGAGUAUCCAUGUGCACAACGCAGAGAGCGAUAUGGUGUCUCAAGAAGUGUCUCUAGACGCUGACGAACUAUUUACGCAAUUGAUAGCCGCCCUCAUGCUUGUGAAACAAGGUCCACGUCCAGACACAAUACUUACGGCUGUCGAAGUCUGUGAAGGUACCAUUAGAGUCUGGAGAGACUGGCUAGCCGACCAAACCAAGGACAGUGCCCUGCCUACAUCAUCUGGUACACGGGCAGACGAUCCGUCAAUCCUGUGGGUCAACACAGCGGCCCACACCGUGGGUGUCAAGUUCAGAGUCAGGGAAAGGAAAUGGAAGAGAGAUAACCCCAUAUUGGUUUCCUCGGAAGCAGAAGUCGCAGUCUCCUAUGCAGUCGAUCUGGAAGAGGUUAUUUUGCGGACGUCGCACUUGUUGUUCAUGGUAGAAGAGUCUUUGAGAGAACAGAAUGAUCCUCUGAGUAGCCAGCUGUUUUUGAGACCUAUCUGACGAGAAUGAUAAGAUUUCAAUGCUGUGAAGCA